CGUCGGGCUUGCUGAAGCUCAAGCGGACACCAGACAUGGUGUGGGGGAGUGAUAAGAAGGCGCUGGAAGGCAGGAACCCCAAGAAGAAAGAUGAAGAAGAAGAAGAAGAGGAGGAAGAAGAGCAAGAAUUGGUGGAUCCCCUGACCACCGUGAGGGAGUACUGUGAACAGAUAGAGAAAUGCGUUAAAGCCCGAGAGCGGCUAGAGACAUGCACGAACCGAGUAUCCUCGAGCCCCCACACUGAGGAGGACUGCACCGAGGAGCUGUUUGACUUCCUGCAUGCCCGAGACCACUGUGUGGCUCACACACUCUUUCAAAGUGUGAAAUAAGCAUCCGGCCGUGCCAACUGCUCCAGGCUUUGCCCCGUUGCGGGGUGACUCAGCAGCAUCAUUUCCCAUCACAAUCACCCUGGAUUGCAAACACUGCUGUAUGUGUGUCCUGUUAUUCUGCAUGAGGCUUUGUGGCCUAGGCUUGGGCCUGGAGCCCAUGUGACCCAUGGAAAUUUCGUUGGAAUAAAACCCAGUCAUCUGUGAAAAAAAA